UGUGGUGGCAUCACAGAGCACAGACCGGCAUAUAUGACAUACCAUAAUUCGUGGGGUUUGUGGAUGCAUGCCAGAGCGAGCUAAAAGCAGAUUCUGAGAUACCCUGGACAGCGCACAUUCUGUCUCCUCGAGCCCACCUCUCUCUCUCCAGGGUAACGUGCCUCACAAUCUCAACGCUAUUUGACCUUCGCGGUACAAAUUACAGUGCUUUCUACAUCCAGCAAAAAGAGAUGAACCAUUUACAAAGUUUGGACGAGCGGUUAAACGCGCUUUUUUACUUCCUGUUUGAAGACAGAGACUCCAGGGUACGAGGAUGGCUCCUGUUGGACUCAUAUCUCCCCACCCUCUCCCUCACCAUCCUUUACCUCCUCACAGUAUACCUGGGAUCAAAAUACAUGAGGAACAGGCCAGCAUACUCACUCAAGGGGGUCUUACAAGUGUACAACUUCUCUGUGACCAUGCUCUCCCUGUACAUGCUGGUUGAGCUCGUCUCGGCAACCUUGUCGGCAGGCUACCGUCUGCAGUGUCAGGGACUCCACGAGGCAGGGGAGGCGGACCUCAGGGUAGCCAAGGUGCUGUGGUGGUACUACUUCUCCAAGGUGAUUGAGUUCCUGGACACCAUCUUCUUUGUGCUGCGGAAGAAGAACAGCCAGAUCACCUUCCUGCACGUUUAUCACCACGCCUCCAUGUUCAACAUCUGGUGGUGUGUUCUGAACUGGAUCCCCUGUGGACAGAGUUUCUUUGGGCCGACUCUUAACAGUUUCAUCCAUGUGUGUAUGUACUCCUACUAUGGCCUGUCCACAAUACCCUCCAUGCAGAAAUACCUCUGGUGGAAGCGCUACCUGACUCAGGCUCAGUUGAUCCAGUUUAUACUGACCAUCACACACACCCUGUCUGCAAUCGUCGUCCCUUGUGGUUUCCCCGUUGGAUGCCUGCUCUUCCAGUUCUCCUACAUGGCCACCCUCGUCAUCCUUUUUGUCAACUUCUACGUCCAGACCUACAGAAAAAGACGGCCAGAAGAAUCCAUCAAGUCCAGUCGCCCAAAUGGCCACUCUGUCUCCACCAAUGGCACCAGCUUCAAGAAGAGAAAGUAGUAUUUGGACCUGGUUGUCAAGACAACGACCUACUUCAACAACCACCAGAAUCUAUACAUGUCGUGACACUACUGCUAAAAUGCUCCAAAACAGGGAUAAGUUUCAGUAUGCAUGUUUUGUAUAGAAACCUUUGUACUUAAUUUUUGUAUUAAAUUCUUUAUUUGGUUUCCUUGGAGCUUGACAACAUAUGUGUAACAUACUGUACGUACAGGAAUGAUGCGCUCAUUUCCUUUGCACUUUCAAUUGCUGAAAUGCAAGUGUGAAAAUUCCAUCCAUUCCUUACCACGCAGUAACCUAUGCAAUUCAUAGUUUAUAUUCUCAUAGUGUAAAAACCUGAAUACAAUCAGCAAUUUCCACAAUACUUUGACAUAAUUUACGUUGCUAUUGCUUUAUUGAAUAUAGCCCAUGUGUACAGUGUGUACUCAUCAAAAAUAUCAGUCCAAAGCAUUCACUGAAAUCAUUGUUAAACUAAAGAUGCCUUAGAAACACUGCAGAUCCUUAUACCUGAUGUAUCACAAUGUAUUUGAAUGUCUUCGUUUACGGGUACAACAUGUGCUGGUAAACAUGACUGGGUGACUGGGUCUUUAGAAAAAGCAAUAUUGAACAGGCUUUCCUGACGACUUUGGUAGACUUUAUACAUUGAGAAAUGCAACCACUGAUCAAUAUCUUUGAAUGGCUAUCGGCAAACAGACAAAAUAAAAGUACUU